GAGUCCUCUUUAAGCUGGCCAGCGGGUACAUACGGGAUACCAAAACCUAAAUCUGGGUGUCCGAAGACGGACGACUUUCAUUGGCUGGAAGGAUGGAGAUCCCAAGGCAGUAAUGGCAGAAAAUUAAACAAUUCAUGUUCAGCAGAAUUUCACCUCGACGGGAAAGUAGACAACACGAUGGUUAACAGGUCAUUUUGCAUCAAAGAAAAUAUAGUCAACGACUCCGUUAGACACGCCUGGCCUAAAGGUUUGUUCUUAUUUUAAUCUAGGACCUGAGCUAGUUGUCCCGGGGGUGGGGGGGGGGGGGUACUAGACCAAUAUUUGAGAUAUAUCGUCGGUGAGUCGCUGAGGGUUUACAAUGUAAACCCUGACCCUGUUUAGGGCAAUAUCCUCAGAGUACGUUGUUACGACAAAAAAGGGACUUCAACUGAGUAGCCCUGGGGCAGAAGUUGCCUAAGCUCACGUGGGUGAGAAUGGCGGAAAAUUUUACACAUAUUACAAAGAAGAAAGAGCAUAACAAAAGCCAAACAACAGCCAGCACAGCAAAAAUACCACUGACGGAUUGAGCAACAACUAAGUAUCUAAGUUAUACUUUUUAUACUCCCUUCAGGUCAAUACUGUAUUUAUAAAAAGCGCAAUUGCCCUAAAAAUCUAAAGAAAAAUGGUGCAGUAUACUGGGAUGAUGAAAACUCUUCAAACACGAACGCAAAAGGUGGAACGCUUCCUGGUGGCCUCGAUAAAAGCAAUGGUGACACACAGAUUAGAUUUUGCUGUAGAACAGACGGUAACAAAAAAGAACCUAUCAUCCUUCCUACUGAACUCUCGUUUUUCCUCUUGGCUUACGGAUCAAAUGAAUGUCAAAUGGUCAAAUGGGCGAUUGUGACACCGGAGUGGAUCUACUAUGAUACAGAGGACGAAAACAAUAAGGAUAAAGCAGUCGGAACAUUUCCUUUCGAUGCUGGAAAAAAGAAUCCUAGAAUUUAUUACUGCUAUUAUCGUGGUCAGUACAUCAUAAAACUCACGUCUUUCAGAUAUCUCAAGUGAGAUUCUUUUAAGGGGGGGGGUCAAUGAGAUUUGAAUUUCCUGGUAUGAGUAAUUAGUAAACAGGGAAUUAAACAGCUAAGAAGUUCUUUUGCUUCUAUUAUCAUUUGUUUUCUUUUUAAAGUAUCCAGUCCUGUCCCUUGGUUUCGCUAAUCCUUCAUUCCUCCUUCAAAAUCAUUUUCACUCGAAACAGUUUUUCAUCCUAUUAUAUCCGAAAUCUCCUACUUAGUCAAAAAUGUUCUAACACGUGUCUUAAUUUCAACUCUCUUGGAAAACUGAUAAUAAUGUGAAGAAGCUGGAUAAACACUGUUUCUGGUUUCUGACGUUUUUCUUUAGUCUGUAACCUCCUUUUUGAGCUAAAUUUUCAUUUUUCCAAGCCCAAAUUGACAAUAAUAGUUCUUGAUUACAAGCUGGACUUUUCAUUAGCGGAAUUUUAGUUUAAUUGUUUCAAUUUUAACGGCACACCAGACGGCGACAAGAACAACCCGAUUGACUUCCCUCGUAACUCCGAUCCAAGAGAGAAUGAGCUCAUUCUCUCUUGUCCUAUCCUAAUCUUUUUGAUAUUUUGUGACAAUUACGAUUUAUUGACUCAAAGAGUGCAAAACAGCUAUGAAAUUGUAACUAUAGUAGUUUAAUUAAUCGCGCUGUCGAGGCCGUUUGGGAAGAUUAAUCACUGCAUUAUUUCGAUUUAAUCAACUCCUCGUUAGACUACGACUUAUAUUUGUUUUAUAUUCAAACUUUUGUAGGGUGCAAUAAAUCCUUGGGUGGAACCAAUGGAACGUUUCACUCACCAAACUAUCCAGAAAAGUACCCGGAUGGACAAUACUGCUCGUGGAAUAUCACAGUCAGUCCAUCCCAGCGAAUUCACUUAAUGUUCACGGAAUUCAGGUUACAAAACGAGAAUAACACGGAUGCGUUAUACGUGUACGAUGGUCCGAGUGAAAAGAGUAAGGAACUGGGAGUGUUUUAUGGAGACACUCCACCUAAAGGAGGAAUUAACUCUACGUCAAAUGAAAUAUUUGUAAUAUUUAAGUCAGAUAGGAAUAUGUCCUUCACCGGCUUCAGCGCUUUGUACUGCGAGAAUAAAUGUCCAGGUAAGUGAUGUUCGAGCUUGUAUAUUGUGAUUCUUUUUUUUGUUUUUUGCCCACUAAAUAGUAUGUUGUGAAACUGUGAAAGGUUUAAGCCCAGGGCCAGGUUGCAUAAAACCUUCAUAAGUUAAGACGGCUCUUGACUUUUGUUCUGGAACAAUAACCUAUUGUUUUGAAAUAAUAGUUAAGAGCUCCCUUAAUCUUAAGAUGUUUUUUGCAACCCGACCCAGGAGUCGGCAUUUCAUAAGUAGGUGAAGCGUGAUCGUCCAGGUGAAUGUAGUCCUGAAAAGGACUGUUGAUGACAGUGACUGAAGUUUCGACAACCUGUGCGGUAGUCAUCUUCAAAGUGACAGUGAGUUGUAUCACGUCAGUUGAUGGUAUUAAACUCUGCAGGUUAUUGACCUGAUUGGUCAAUAAAGUCGCGGUAUUAUUGGUUGUCUGUCAGUUUAGCCGUGAUGUUAUUAGCUAUGAAAACUCAAAAUGUUAUUGAUGCGUUUCGACCCGGCCAAGGCCAGAGCUUAACAGUCGUUUAUUGUUAGUCAAAUUAUCGGUUGACCAGUGGUGCUCUCGUAUGAGUUAGUUCUGACUUAACGUGUGCUUCGGCAAAUCAGCCCGGUCCUGUGUGUGUUACGUUAACCUUAAGCCCUUAAGAGUGAUCAGCAUCAAAUUUCUCCUUGUAAUAUUAAUGCUUUGUAAAACAGAGUGGUCAUGAGAAUUAUGGACAUGAUCACCCACGAUCAAUUUGCUUGAUAUUUUAUCAACGUCUUCUGCCCACUAUUUCUGUAGGAAAUGAAUAGGGGCAGCAAAUAAGAAUUCAAAUUUUGAUCCUAGGGUGUAAAGGGUCAAACUACAACCGAGAGUUCCGUGUCUAGUUAACGAUUUUUGUUAACUUGAGAAGUUGUUUUUCGUUGACUUGAUGUGCGCUCGGUCUAAUUUGACGCGGGUACCCCGCGUGGUACCCCCUCCCCCCUGACGUUGGGCAUGUGCUUUAAGGAAGUUAAUGAUCUCUCUAUAGAGAAAUACACCUAAUUGCAAUAAGGUUGUCAUAGAAAAAAGCAAAAGGCAAAAAGUUAAAUAGGAAUUAAUUAGCAUGUAAUUAACAUAGCUUGCAACAUUCACAACACACACGCUUACGGCUGUAUAUUAAUCACGUAAUAUGAGAGAAAUCAUUUUCAUCAGUUUCUUAGUGUCAUUCUGAUGCCAUUGAAGGCUGAAUCAUCUAGCGAAUUUCAAAUGUGCUCUAAUUACAAAGCACAUCGGAUAAAUACCAAAGAAAUAAUGGCUCCAUUUUUUUUCAAUAAAUAUAGCCUGGGGUAAAUUCCGGGAACUCAACGCGUGUUUAAGAUUAGUGCUAAAUAGAAAAGCCAGUCUGCGUAUGGUUUGCACUGCACAAAACCAUCUGAUCACAAUUUUCAAGCAACAAAUCAGGGGCGUAGGUAGGACUUUUCAGCACGGAGAGGGUGAGGGGGUCCUCCGCCAGUUCCUCACCUGAACCACAAACCAAGCUUCGUUUGUCAGGACAUAAUAGAUUGGCGACCGAACGUGCGACAACUGAGACAUAACAUUGCUCGCGUCAAUUUACCUUUUUCUUUGUCGAAUUGUGCGACUUCUUUUGAUGGAGAAUGUUGGCUCUAAAAUGACUAUGGCGCCUGUCUAUCUUACAGCGCGGAAUUACAGAAUUAUCUCUUGCUCUUGUGAAUGAAUUCUUAAAUAAUUGUUAAAUACUGAAUAAAAAUACGCAAAUGUAAAUCACAUGGCUAAUUUAUUGCUAUUUGGCUUUUUUUUUUUUUUUUUUUUUUUUUUUGUUCUAUGACAACGUUAUUGCAAUUAGGUGUAUAGGUAUUACAGAAAGAUUAUAGAUCGCGCAUUUCUUUAAAUUGUAUAAACCCUUAAAAUAAAAAAUAAGUGUUCGGAAAAAAGUGAUUAAACAAGUCUCUCGUCUUAAGCAGAAGCGACCACUGCUGCCUCGACCUUGUCCCCUACAACAACGACAGAAACAUCACUAAAGAAGAGCACAACUAGCGAACAAUCUACAACAACAAAGGCAGGUGCAAGGAGAGGUAAAAGGGAAGAAAGUAAAGAAAAAGGUAAGAAAUCCCUAGGUCUUCCUGUUAAUAUUGUAGAUUUCUGCCAUAAAAUGUGAUUUAUAUAUACACGUAUUUCUUGUAAGUUUAUUGAUAUACGCCUCUUCCUAUUGAUCCCAAUAGUUUUCAUGUUCACAUUAAUUUACCGUGCAAUGUUUGUGUUGAUAUUAACAAGGAUUACAAGUGGUUCUGUGUGUUUGUUCUGCUAGAAGCUCUAGGUUUAAGCCGAUAUAAUCAAAACUCAUUUAAACGCUAAAAAAUAAUAUCCUUUUCCCGACAGGUGUAAAUGUGGUAGCUGUUGUAGUUCCCGUUGUGGUUUUAAUCAUCCUGGUUUUGCUGGUUCUGGCUGGGUUUAUUUAUUAUAAAAGGUACUUGUAA